AAAAAAAAAAAAAAAGUUUUCCAGUGGAGUACCCCUUUAAGGCAUAGAUAGUAACGAGGGCCUGUCUCUCUCUCCAGAGACACCUUGUGGACAGCCAUGUCCCACAUCACCACCAAGGCAUGUGAGUUUUUGUAUCCUUUUGUCUAUGUUACCCAUAGCUGCUGCUUGUAUUUUCAGGGACAGAGGGCUCGGCCUCCAAAAAUGUUGUGUGGGCGACGUGCUUUGUGUAAUGUUCUCAGAAGUAGGGACGAGGAUUCUUGACCAGAAGCCUCAAACAGUGGACAUGGGGAAGGAUUACUACAAGAUUUUAGGCAUCCCUUCAGGGGCCAACGAGGAUGAGAUCAAGAAAGCCUAUCGCAAAAUGGCCCUUAAAUACCACCCGGACAAGAACAAGGAUGCCAACGCAGAGGACAAGUUCAAGGAAAUCGCAGAGGCCUAUGAUGUUCUAAGUGACCCCAAAAAGAGAGCUGUGUAUGACCAGUAUGGAGAGGAAGGUCUCAAGACCGGGGGUGGAUCUUCUGGUAACACUGGAAACUCCUUCCACUACACCUUCCAUGGGGACCCCCACGCCACCUUUGCUUCUUUCUUUGGAGGCUCCAACCCAUUCGACAUCUUCUUCGGCUCCGGCCGCACCCGUAUGGCCAACGGCUUCGACCACGAAGACAUGGACAUUGAAGACGACGACGAAGACCCCUUCAAUGGGUUCAAUCGUUUCGGUUUCAACGGCGUAAACGGAUUCCACCGGCGGCACCCGGAUCAGCUGCACAACCGGCGGAAAGUGCAGGACCCCCCUGUCAUUCAUGAGCUGAAAGUGUCGCUAGAGGAAAUCUAUCACGGCUGUACCAAGCGUAUGAAGAUCACACGGCGGAGGCUGAACCCCGACGGGCGGACAGUGAGAACUGAGGACAAGAUCCUAAAUGUGGUGAUCAAGAAAGGUUGGAAGGAGGGGACCAAGAUCACCUUCCCUAAAGAGGGAGACGCCACGUCAGAAAACAUCCCCGCCGAUAUUGUGUUCCUACUGAAAGACAAACCUCACGCGCAUUUCAAGAGAGACGGGUCCAACAUAGUUUAUACAUCCAAGAUCACCCUGAAGGAGGCGCUGUGUGGCUGCACAGUCAACAUUCCCACCAUCGAUGGACGGGUCAUCCCGCUACCGUGCAGCGACAUCAUCAAGCCAGGAACCGUGAAGCGGCUCCGAGGUGAAGGAUUGCCUUACCCCAAAGUCCCCACCCAGCGCGGUGACCUAAUAGUAGAGUUUCAAGUACGAUUCCCAGACAGAAUACCGCCACCAACCCGAGAACUCCUCAAACAGCACCUGCCAUGUUCCUAGUAACACACGUGCAAAGGGGCCCGGGGCCUCAUGCAAUACCUUACAGAUCCGUGCCAAGAGUUUUGCAAUGGAGACCUGCAGUGUACGUCUGACUCCUGGGAUAAAAGUCUAAUAAUCUACAUUCUAUGCAGAAGACAAGAACUUUCUAGAGCUCAAAAUAAAAACAAUAGACUUUUUUUUAUUUUAAUAAAAAGUUAGGAUUCUUCUAUAAAGCUCGCCAUCUCUGCGUGACGAAGGACGGUUCAAGAGGGCACAGCGGGCAGGGCCUGGCAAUCACAAUGUACUGUUACAGGGGGCGGCGUAGUAGUAGGAAUAAUGGACUUCCAGACGUAACUUUAUUACCUUUUACUAUCCGGUUCGUCAUUGUUUUUAGCCUCCGCCUCUGACAAUGAACUUAUGGGACUUUUAGAUAAAUAAAUAAUUUUUUUGUUUUGUUUUUUUAAAGUUUAAAAAAUUGUAAAUAUAAUUUAAAAAAAAGUGACCAGUGACCAUUUUGACCUUUCUACACACUGGACAGAAAUAAAAGUACAAGAUUGUGAAUUUUACAAGGA